AUGGAUCAAGAACAUGAGGAGAACUCCUCCUAUCUACAUUUCCCACAUCCUUUUCUCGACGACGACCUAUUUUUGACUCACUUGUUAUCCCAACAACAACAACUCGUCAGUGGCGGAGAUUGUUGGAAAGAUCAAGAACAAGAACAGGAAAAAGAAGACGAUGUAGGACAUGAUCAUAAGCAAAAUUCAGAGAAGAAAGGUAGAAGAAGCUUGGAGGUGAAGAAGAAGAAGAAGAAAUGUAAUAGUAAUAGGAAAAAUGGAAGCUCCACCACAAAGAGAACAGUGAAGAAGGACAGACACAGUAAGAUCUGCACAGCACAGGGCCCAAGAGACCGUAGAAUGAGGCUGUCCCUUCAAAUUGCAAGGAAAUUCUUCGACCUUCAAGACAUGCUAGGCUUUGACAAAGCUAGCAAAACCAUAGAGUGGCUUCUCUCACACUCAAAUUCCGCCAUCAAGGCUCUCAAAAACAACAACAACAACAGCGGGGUUAGCCACGGCAGCGCGUGCUCCGGGUCGAGUGAGGUUGUGUCAAAACAAGACGCUGGUGGUUCCAUUGGCACUCCCAAACACAAAAAGGGCAGGCAAUUACAAACAAUUGGUAGAGAGUCAAGGGCUAGGGCAAGAGCUAGGGCAAGGGAAAGAACAAUGUUGAAGAAAUCUCCACAACCCAUUUCCAUUUCUCAACAUUAUUUGAACUCAGAUGAGACCCAUUUGGAAGAUUGCCCAAAAGUUUUUGCCUUUUCUGAUGAUCUCUCAUCAAUCCACACCUUUUUCUCAGGUAAUAUCACCACUUUCUUGCCCUAA